UCGUUCCUCACUGUCACUGACUCACUCUUGUUUUCGCUUCGCUACUCAUCAUCCUAAGUAGUGCUGUAGCAGAUUGUUGCUCUUCCUCUUUAGGGGUCUAUGAUCAAGAUAGGGAGUGUGGGUGUGGCCGUAAGUACCAGGAAGAAACAAACAAUGUUUCUCAAAGUCCAGCUGCACUGGAAUGUCAUCAUCGCUGCUGAAAAUCUGCAACCGGAAGGUCUGAUGCUUCAUAGGGCAAUCAUUGUCCGCCUUCUGAGUGACUUUGCUGUGAAGAAGGCCACCAAAGAUCUGGGAUACUUUCUUGCAGUGACCACACUGGAGAAAAUAGGGGAAGGAAAGGUCAGACAACAUACUGGGGAUGUGCUCUUCCCUGUGGUUUUUAAUGCCAUCACCUUCAAGUUUUUCAAGGGUGAGAUAUUAGAGGGUGUUGUCCACAAGGUUCUGAAGCAUGGAGUUUUCAUGAGAUGUGGUCCAAUUGAGAAUGUCUAUCUCUCAAAUUUGAAGAUGCCUGAUUACCGAUAUGUUCCUGGCGAAAACGCAUGCUUCAUGAAUGACAAAAUGUCAAAGAUUGGAAAAGAUGUCACGGUCCGCUUCUCGGUGAUAGGUACAAAGUGGAUGGAAGCAGAAAGGGAAUUUCAGGCAUUGGUCAGUUUGGAAGGGGAUUAUCUGGGACCAAUUUCAACUCCGGAUAUUUAGCUACAUUUUCUUUGUUGCCUUGUCUUCUGAAAUGGAUGAAAUAUUUUCCAUAUGAAGUCAGUUCUUGUAAUUAAUGAUAACUCUGUCUGCCUUCCUUUUAGAACUGUGAUUUCCGGCUUGUGUACGGGAUACACUAGUGAAAUCUGGGACCAAUUUCAACUCCGGAUAUUUAGCUACAUUUUCUUUGUUGCCUUGUCUUCUGAAAUAGAUGAAAUAUUUUCCAUAUGAAGUCAGUUCUUGUAAUUAAUGAUAACUCUGUCUGCCUUCCUUUUAGAACUGUGAUUUCUGGCUUGUGUACGGGAUACACUAGUGAAAUCAAUAUGUGCGUAUGUGUAAUAUGCAUUCUUCUGUUAAUGGUUUAGUAGAAAGCUUGACUUUUU